AUGGUCCGUGGAGUGGUCACAAUGGAACGAGUGGAGACGUUUUCCGCUGCACAUCGCCUUCACUCAAAUCAGCUCAGCGAUGAAGAGAAUCAAGCCGUCUACGGGAAAUGUAACAAUCCCAAUGGACAUGGGCACAACUAUGUCUGGAAGGUGAAACUUCGCGGUAUUCCUGAUCCCACAACUGGUAUGGUCUAUGAUCUGGCCGAUCUGAAAAGCGAUAUGAAGACAAUUCUUGACACCGUCGAUCACAAAAAUCUGGACAAGGAUGUGGAAUGGUUCCAGCACAAUGUCAGCACCUCGGAAAAUGUGGCGAUCUACCUCUGGGAAAAGCUACGUGUACAGAUGAAGAAGCCGAAGCUUCUCUAUAAGGUUACAGUUGAGGAGACCCCGAAGAACAUAUUCACCUACAAAGGAGAGAUUUAA